CGCUGCUACACCCGGUCGACAAAGACCAUCUCAUUCUUUCAUCCUCGAUGCCUUUGGAGGCCCUGAAUUAAUCUCGUAUUUAUUCAGAGCUCUGGCUGAGGGCACAAUAUGACGGACAAGCUCCCCCCUCCGCUGUUGGCGCUGUUUCAACCUCGCCCGCCUUUGCGUUAUGUCACGCCCAUCGAGCGUGCCCCCGAAGACUGCAAGAAAAGUAGCAUCGGUGGUAUUGCGCAGUUCCUUGGCGAGGUGAAGAAUUAUGAAGAGGAGAUUCCGUACACGCCUACGGAAAGUUGGAUCCAGCGCAAAUUGCGCCAGAAGGUGGAGAAAAAGGAGAACUUGGAGAAGCAAGUGACGGAUGGGCUUCAGACUUUUGACCCGAACAACGACCAACAAGCACGAGGCGAUCCGUUCAAGACGCUCUUUGUCGCCCGUCUGAGCUACGAUGUCAAGGAGUCGGACCUGGAACGGGAGUUUGGCCGGUUCGGCCCUAUCGAACGGAUUCGCAUUGUGAAAGACACUGUUACUCCGAAAGGCUCCAAGAAAUCACACAAGGGAUAUGCUUUUAUUGUGUAUGAGCGCGAAAAGGACAUGAAAGUUCUCUUGCCGAUUUCAGCUGCCUACAAAGAGACGGAUGGUAUCCGCAUCAAGGACCGCCGUGUUCUGGUAGAUGUCGAGCGCGGUCGUACCGUCAAGGGAUGGAAGCCCCGUCGCUUUGGCGGUGGUCUUGGCGGUCGUGGUUACACCAAGGCCUUGCCCUCGCGGCCCAUCGGACCCGGCUCAUUUAACGCCCCCUCAGGUCCCGGAGGCUAUGGAGGUGGAUUCCGGGGUGGUUUUGGGGGUGGCAGAGGUGGCAGAGGUGGUUUCCGUAAUGACCGUGGAUUUGGAGGACCCCGAGGCGGUAUUGGAUACCAAGGAGGCCGUAACGGAUUCGGUGGACAGGCUCCUCCCAACGCUCCCUCGGGACCAGGAGGCGGACGCAACGCUGGAUUCGGUGGUGGUCCUGGUGGCCCUGGUGGCCUUGGUGGUCCCCCCGGUGGCCCCGGUGGCGGCAGGUUUGAACGUGAACCCAGAGGUGCUACCGGCAGCAACCGUGAGCCCAUCAGGCCCCGGGAAGGCUUCGGUGACCGUGAUCGACGAGACCGUGAUCGCGACCGCGACAGUGACCGUCACAGAGACCGUGAUAGGGGAGAUAGCUAUCGCUAUCGUGACCGUGACCGUGAACGCGACCGCGAUCGCGACAGGUACGGAGGUCGGGGCGACGAGUACGGGCGGAAGAGAUACCACGAAGAUGACUCGUAUGAUGACCCCCGUGCCAAAAGAAGAUACUGA